UGAGCUCGACUCGAUACAGGAUUAAAAGCGACUUCAGGAUUUAAAGUUCUAUUUUUUAUUGAGCUGCGCUUCGGAAAAGCUUUAUGUUUUGAUACUAAGCGAAAAGGCUCCGACCUGAGAGCGGAGUUAGCGUGUUGUUAUUUUUGUUACCGUGAGGGAGCUGUUAGCUAUGAGCUCGUUAACUCAGCGCAGUUCAGGCCUCGUGCAGAGACGCACCGAGGCCUCGCGCAGUGCCGCCGCUGAUAAGGAGCGCAGCGCGGGGGAGGAGGACGAGCAACACCGCCGAGACGAACAGGACGACGAUGAAAGCGGAGACUCUAAAGAAACCAGACUUACUCUCAUGGAGGAAGUGCUGCUGCUGGGAUUAAAGGACCGAGAGGGCUACACUUCAUUUUGGAACGACUGCAUUUCGUCAGGGCUGCGUGGCUGCAUGCUCAUCGAACUGGCUGUAAGAGGGAGGCUGCAGCUGGAGGCCUGUGGCAUGAGAAGGAAAAGUCUGCUCGCCAGAAAGAUAAUCUGCAAAUCUGAUGCCCCCACUGGUGACGUGCUGCUAGAUGAGGCCUUGAAACACAUUAAAGACACCCAGCCACCGGAGACUGUACAGAGCUGGAUUGAGCUCCUUAGUGGUGAGACGUGGAACCCACUGAAGCUCCAUUACCAGCUGAGGAACGUGAGAGAGAGACUGGCCAAGAACCUGGUGGAGAAAGGCGUCCUCACCACAGAGAAGCAGAACUUCCUGUUGUUCGACAUGACGACACAUCCGCUGACCAACUGCAACAUCAAGCAGCGCCUCAUCAAAAAGGUCCAGGAAGCCGUCCUGGACAAGUGGGUCAACGACCCGCAGCGCAUGGACAAGCGCCUGCUGGCGCUCAUCUUUCUGGCGCACUCGUCCGACGUGCUGGAAAACGCCUUCGCGCCGCUGCUGGACGAGCAGUACGACCUGGCCAUGAAAAGGGUCAGGCAGCUGCUCGACCUGGAGCCCGAGGGUGAAAGCGUGAAGAGCAACGCCAACGAGCUGCUCUGGGCCGUCGUGGCCGCCUUCACCAAAUGAGAACGGUCCAGAGGAAGCGCUUAGAACUUUCGACUGGUCGCUGACAAACAGAAAGGGUCAUAUUGGAAAUGAACAAUAGCUGGACGGAGCUGUUUCGGUUGCCCUUCUCUCACUGAACUCGUUUCCUUUCUGCGUUCUCUACACAGACUCGGUGGGGCCAAAAGAAGACCUGUCUGCCUUUUUCCCAUUUUUUUUUACUCUCAUAUGCUGUCCAGUUUAAUGCAUGGGAGCUCUUUACACCCUGUCUGUCUCCUGUCUGUUGGUCUGUCUGUCUGAACACGUAUGGCAGGAGCAGUCUGUACCUUUGCUAUACUGGACAAGUUGUUUUUUUCUGUUUUAAUACGCGUCCCGGAGAUAUACGAUUGAAUCAGCUCUUUAUUGAUGUAAUAAAUAAUCAAACAGGUAGUAGGGGUGUAAUAAUACACACUGAUUUGGGUUUUAAAACAAUACAUGCUGCAAUUAAAAGCUAAUUUGGAUUCUGUUUGGGUGAUGUAGAACACGUGUGUGGGUUAUUACAGGUUUUAGAUCGUGUCCUAUUCCUUUACACUACUUUAUUACACCCGUUUGUCCGAUUUUCAAAUUUGGGCUGUUACCAAUAGGUCCGUAAGGCAGAUUUUGGGACGGGGUCUUUGUGCUUUGUGUGUGGGUGUGGAUAGUUUUUUUUUUUUUUUUUAAUCACGGUGUAGCAACACGCAUGACAUGACCAGGACUUGUAUAACUACAGCUAUUUGAAGCAGAAAUGCAGACUGGAUUAGCACCAGGUACUCUCUUUAAUCAGUUCUCGUCGGUUAGAGUCACACACUUUAACAUGCUGCUCACGCUAGUAUUUGCACAGCGCUAAUCUUACAGUGCCGCCAUUGCAUUAUACCGGUUUUACCGGUUAUGUUCUCACACACGGGGGGUUUGGUUUUUGUUAUUUGAAUGUUUAUAUUGGUGGUCCAAAUUGAUAUUGAGUAUCAGGAUUAAAAUACCAGACCAGAUUCACUCAUUGUUUUAUGCAUUGAUUAGGUGGAUUAUACUUGUGAAUGUCUGUAUAGACACGUACAUACACCGAUCAGCCAUAACAUUAAAACCACCUCUUUGUUCCUACACACAUUGUCCAUUUUAUCGGCUUUGUAGUUCUACAAUUACUGACUGUAGUCCAUC